UCCUCGUCGUCCUCCAAAUUCGCUUUUUCCCUACCCCUCGCUUCACCUAUAAACACAUCCCUUCCUUCUUGUUCUCUUCGAACAGCACAGCGCGCUCACAGUACAACAAACAUGAAGAUGUCGUCGCCGGCGGCCACCGCACUCCUAGUUGCUUGUAUUUGUCUUCUCGGCCUCUUCUCCCCGGCGGUGCGCGCCGAGGACCCUUAUCUAUUCUUCACAUGGAAGGUCAGUUACGGCACCAUGUCUCCUCUCGGCGUCCCACAGCAGGUCAUCCUCAUCAACGACCAGUUCCCAGGCCCCAACAUCAAUUCCACCACCAACAACAACAUCGUCAUCAACGUCUUCAAUAACCUCGACGAGCCCCUCCUCUUCACAUGGAAUGGCAUCCAGCACAGGAAGAAUUCAUGGCAAGAUGGCAUGCCGGGCACCAACUGUCCCAUCCUUCCCGGCACAAACUACACCUAUCACUAUCAGAUGAAGGACCAAAUCGGGAGCUUCUUCUACUUUCCGUCCACCGGCAUGCAGCGUGCCGUCGGCGGCUUCGGCGGCAUCCGCGUCAACAGCCGCCUUCUCAUCCCCGUACCCUUCGAUGACCCCGCCGACGACUACACCGUCCUCAUCGGCGACUGGUACACCAAGAGCCACAAGGCGCUGGCCAACACGCUCGACGCCGGCCAGAACAUCGGCAACCCCAACGGCGUCCUCAUCAACGGUAAGACCGGAAAGGACUCCUCCGGCAAGGAUGACCCACCGCUGUUCAUCAUGGAGGCCGGCAAGACGUACCGGUACCGCAUGUGCAACGUGGGGCUCAAGCUGGCGCUCAACUUCCGGAUCCAGGGCCAUGUCAUGAAGCUGGUGGAGAUGGACGGGUCGCACACGGUGCAGAACGUGUACGAGUCCCUCGACAUUCACGUCGGCCAGUGCCUCUCUGUUCUCGUCACCGCCGAUCAGCCCCCUCGCGACUACUACAUGGCCACCUCCGCCCGCUUCACCAAGUACUCCAGAAACGCCACCGGCAUCAUCCGUUACGCCGGCUCCUCCACCCCACCGUCACAGGAUCUGCCGCCGGCACCCGUCGGAUGGGCCUGGUCUCUCAAUCAGUGGCGCUCCUUCCGGUGGAACCUCACCGCCAGCGCCGCCCGUCCCAACCCCCAGGGAUCCUACCACUACGGCGGCAUCAACAUCACGCGCACCAUCAAGCUCCUCAGCAACGUCGGGCUCGUCGACGGCAAGCGCCGCUACGCCCUCAACGGCGUGUCGCACGAGAACCCCGCCACUCCCCUCAAGCUCGCCCAGUACUUCGGCAUCGCCGAUAAGGUGUUCCAGUACAACAUCAUCUCCGACGAUCCGGCGCCGGAGACGACCAACUCCAUCAAGGUCGCGCCCAACGUCGUCAAUUGCACUUUCAGAGACUACAUUGAGAUCAUCCUCGAGAAUCCGGAGAGGAGCAUUCAGUGCUACCAUUUGGACGGCUACUCCUUCUUCCCCCUCGGGAUGGGACACGGGAAGUGGUCGCCGUCGAGCCGGGAUACAUACAACCUUCUUGACACGGUGAGCCGGCACACCAUUCAGGUGUACCCGAGGUCAUGGACGGCGAUCGGCCUCACGUUCGACAACUCCGGGAUGUGGAACAUUCGGUCAGAAAUGUGGGAGAGGCACUACCUCGGCCAGCAGCUCUACUUCAGCGUGCUGUGUUCGGCGAGGUCGCUGAGGGAUGAGUACAGCCUGCCGGCAACCCAGAUGCUCUGCGGUGAAGUGGUCGGCUUGCCCACGCCGCCACCUUAUACCUAAUCGCGACGUCACUAAAGUGCGGCGCGCAUGCAUGAUUGAUAAAAUAUGGAAGACGAAGCAAGGGAUUCUAAAGGGAGACCAGAGUGUAGGAUACUUGCCGUGAACCAUGAUGCAU